AUGUGGUUCCUGGUUCUGUGCCUAAUCCUGCCCCUGGGGGGCACAGGCGCUGUGCCUCCUAUCCAGUCUCGGAUCAUUGGAGGCUGGGAGUGCCAAGAGUAUUCACAACCAUGGCAGGUGGUUGUGUACAAUUUCCACAGGCCUGAGUGUGGAGGUGUCCUGAUAAACCCCAAGUGGGUGCUCACGGCCGCCCACUGCAGAAGCAAGAAUCUCCAGGUCUGGGUGGGCCUCCACAAUCUGGAUGAUUUUGAAGAGCCAGCUCAGUUUGCCGAAGUUAGCACCAGCUUUCCACACCCAAGCUACAACGUAACUUCCAAGAACCAGCCUUCCAACUUCCUAGACAAGGCAGACUUCAGCUAUGACCUCAUGCUGGUUCGCCUGAAGGAGCCCGUGAAGAUCACCCAUGCCGUGAAGGUUCUGGACCUGCCCACCACGGAGCCUGAAGUGGGCAGUAUCUGCACUUCCGCAGGCUGGGGCAGCCUCGAUCCAAAUGGCGAUGUAUAUCCAGAUGAUUUGCAGUGUAUAGACAUGAAAAUCUUUACGAAUGACGUGUGUGCCAAAGCCCACAUCCAUAAAGUAACAGAGUCUAUGCUGUGUGCUGGGCAUUUGGAAGGAGGCAAAGAUACCUGUGUGGGUGACUCGGGCGGUCCACUGGUCUGCAAUGGCGUGUUGCAGGGUAUCCUGUCUUGGGGUGACAACCCAUGUGGCCAAGUCGGAAAGCCAGCUGUCUACACCAGAGUGCUUUCAUAUGUUACCUGGAUCCGGGAAACCAUGGCGGCCAACCCCUGA